AUGGUAUAUUCCCAGGGUCCGGAAUCCGGGCGCCUGCUGUUCUGGCUUCUCCUCGCGUCAUGGGAGGUGGGGAGCGGCCAGCUCCACUACUCGGUUCCGGAGGAGGCCAAACACGGCACAUUUGUGGGCCGCAUCGCUCAGGAUCUGGGGCUGGAACUGGUGGAACUAGUGCCCCGCCUGUUUCGAGUGGCGUCCAAAGGCCGCCGGGACCUUCUGGAGGUGAAUCUGCAGAAUGGCGUUUUGUUUGUGAAUUCUCGGAUUGACCGGGAGGAGCUGUGCGGGCGGAGCGCGGAGUGUAGCAUCCACCUGGAGGUGAUUGUGGACAGGCCACUGCAAGUUUUCCAUGUAGAGGUGGAGGUGAAGGACAUUAAUGACAAUCUUCCCAUGUUCUCCCGACAAGAACAAAAAUUAUUCAUCUUAGAGUCAAGAAUGCCAGAUUCGCGAUUUCCUAUAGAGGGCGCAUCUGACUUGGAUAUUGGAGCAAACGCAGAAUUAAGAUAUAAAUUAAAUCCUAACGAAUAUUUUGACUUGGAUAUUAAAACAAACGAAGAAAAAGCGAUUUUUUUAGAGCUAGUUUUGAAGAAAUCCUUAGAUAGGGAAGAAACCGAAGAACAUCGUCUAUUAUUGAUUGCAAUUGAUGGAGGAAAACCUGAACUAACAGGUACAGUUCAAUUGUUGAUCAAUGUAUUGGACGCGAAUGAUAACGCCCCGGAAUUUGAUAAAUCUAUUUAUAAUGUGAGACUACUGGAAAAUACACCGAAUGGGACAUUAGUUAUUAAACUGAACGCCUCAGAUGCAGAUGAGGGCAUUAAUAAGGAAAUAGCGUAUUUCUUUAGUAAUCUUGUUUUUGACGAUGUAAAAUCUAAAUUUACAAUCAAUUCUAAUAGUGGUGAAAUAAAAGUUAAGGGAACUCUAGAUUAUGAAGACUGUAAUUUAUAUGAGAUUAAUAUUGAUGCAGUGGAUAGAAGCACUUUUCCAUUAUCAGGGCACUGCAAAGUAAUAGUGAAACUCCUGGAUGUGAAUGAUAAUACCCCAGAAAUGGCCAUAACUUCCCUUUUUCUGCCUGUCAAAGAGGAUGCUCCAAUAAGCACUGUUAUUGCGCUGAUCAGAGUGUCUGACCUUGACUCAGGGGCCAAUGGGCAGGUGACCUGUACCCUAACUGCGCACGUACCCUUCAAGCUGGUGUCCACCUUCAAGAAUUACUAUUCGCUGGUGCUUGACGGCGCCCUGGACCGCGAGAGUAUAUCUGUCUAUGAGUUGGUGGUGACAGCGCGGGACGGGGGCACUCCUUCUCUGUGGGCCACAGCCAGCGUGUCAGUGGAGGUGGCUGAUGUGAACGACAACGCGCCGGCCUUCCCGCAACCCGAGUACACGGUGUUUGUGAAGGAGAACAAUCCUCCAGGCUGCCACAUUUUUACUGUGUCGGCGCGAGACUCGGAUGAGCAGGAGAACGCGCUGGUAUCCUAUUCCCUGGUGGAGAGGCGGGUGGGCGAGCGCGCGCUGUCGAGCUACGUGUCGGUGCACGCGGAGAGUGGCAAGGUGUACGCGCUGCAGCCUCUGGACCACGAGGAGCUGGAGCUGUUGCAGUUCCAGGUGAGCGCGCGCGACGCGGGUGUGCCACCGCUGGGCAGUAACGUGACCCUGCAGGUGUUUGUGCUGGACGAGAACGACAACGUGCCAGCGCUGCUAGUACCUCGGGCGGGCAGCAUUGUAGGCGCUGUGAGUGAGCUUGUGCCUCGGUCUGUGGGCGCGGGCCAUGUGGUGGCGAAGGUGCGUGCAGUGGACGCUGACUCUGGCUACAACGCGUGGCUUUCAUACGAGCUGCAACCAGGGGCUGGAGGUGCCCGCAGCCCUUUCCGCGUGGGACUGUAUACCGGCGAGAUCAGCACGACGCGUGCCCUGGACGAGGCGGACGCGUCGCUCCAGCGCCUGCUUGUUCUGGUGAAGGACCACGGUGAGCCUGCACUGACUGCCACAGCCACUGUACUGGUAUCUCUAGAGGAGAGCGGCCAGGCGCCCAAAGUCUCGUCGCGGGUAUUGGCAGGCGCUGCAAGCCAAGAGAUGGCAAUGGUAGACGUUAACGUGUACCUGAUUGUUGCCAUCUGUGCAGUGUCCAGUUUGUUGGUGCUCACGUUGGUGCUGUACACUGCGCUGCGGUGCUCGGCGCCUUCCACUGAGGGCGUGUAUGGGCCGGGCAAGCCCAGGCUGGUGUGCUCCAGUGAGGUGGGGAGCUGUUCUUACCCUCAACAGAGAAGGCAGAAGGUGUGCUCUGGGGAGGGUAUGCCCAAGACCGACCUCAUGGCUUUCAGUCCCAGUCUUCCGCAGGGUCCCUCCUCCACAGACAAUGUAAGUGGCAAAAUUCUUAUUCACAGCAGUAUUUCCUCCUCAUUCUUUAAUAUUAAAUGUGUUAUCUUUUCUUCAAUUUCUUGUGUUUUUUAA